AGAGAGAGAGAGAGAGAGCUCGGAGACGGUAAUGGCGGUGCUAGGGUUUCGUUUUCGUCUUUGAGAUCUUUCAAUUUGGAUUUUGGAGAAAUAUAAAGAGCUUCAAUGGAGGUUAAUGCUGUGAAGAACUCCGGUGAGGUGGUUGUAGUAAUCGCUGGUGAAGAAGAAGAAGCUCCGAUCUCGGCGAAGAUGGGUUCUUUGGAAGAGUCCAGUAAGGUUCCAGUUGAGCUAUCGCCGGAGAUAGUGAAGGCCAGUGCUAGUGCUAAGAAGCCCCCGAAGCCGCCGAUGCCGGAGGGGCUUUCACGGCGGCGAUCCAUACCGACUUCGGCUUUCUCUAAGCCAAAGUCACGGUUUGUUGAGCAAACGGUUCCUGUGGCUCCCAGUUCCGGCGAGGAUUGCCGGACGGUCUCUGAGGGCUCGCCGUAUCAUGGUUCUCCGAAUCACAAGGCUGGAGGCACGCCUAAAACCCCAUUGGCGAUCGAGGAGGAGGAUGAGGAGGAGGAGAUUUGUAAGAAAGGGCAGCUGGCUAAUGGCGGCAAGAAGAGAUGGAAGCUCAAAAUGAGGGUUUUGAUUGAAUGGGCGAUCUUGGUGUUAUCAAUGGGGUGCUUGAUCACAAGCCUCAUUGUGAACAGAUUGCAGAGCUUUGUGAUCUGGGGAUUGGAGAUUUGGAAAUGGUGUGUGAUGGUGAUUGUUAUAUGUUGUGGGAGAUUGGUCACGCAAUGGUUCAUCACUGUUCUUGUGUUCUUGAUUGAAAAGAAUUAUGUUCUUAGGACGAAGGUGUUGUAUUUUGUAUACGGUUUGAAGAAUAGUGUGCAGGUCUGCAUUUGGUUGGGAUUGGUCCUGCUCUCAUGGUGUUUGCUUUUCAAACAGGGAGCAUCGAGAACGCGUGAGACUGCAAAAGUUCUUGACUAUGUUUCCCGAGCACUCGUCUCUUUGUUGAUUGCAUCGGUGGUUUGGUUGGUGAAAACUCUUUUGUUGAAGAUAAUGGCUUCAAAUUUUCAUAUGAAUAGGUUCUUUGAUAGAAUUCAGGAGUCUAUCUUUCACCAGUAUGUGCUUCAGAUGUUGUCAGGACCACCUUUGAUGGAAUUUGCGGAGAAGGUUGGGAAGGCAAAGGGCACAGGGCAGUUAAGCUUGAGGAAUAUUGGGAAGGGGAAAGGGAAAGCCGGGGAGGAGCAAGGAGUUAUUGAUGUUGCGAAGCUUCAAAAGAUGAGCCAGGAGAAAGUCUCAGCUUGGACGAUGAAGGGGCUUGUCAAUGUGGUUAUUUGCUCAGGGCUCACGACAAUUUCAAAUACUAUUGAUGAGACUUUCAAUGAGGCUGAGCAGAGAGACCGGGAAAUCACGAGUGAAUGGGAAGCUAAGGUUGCUGCUUAUCAAAUUUUUAAGAACGUUGCGAAGCAUGGUUACAAGUAUAUUGAAGUGGAGGAUCUUUUGAGGUUCUUGAGCAAGGGAGAGGUGGAAAUUGUGCUUCCAUUGUUCGAAGGAGCUGCCGAGACUGGCAAGAUAAAAAAGUCUGCCCUGAAGAAUUGGGUGGUUAAGUCCUAUCAAGAUCGCAAAUCACUCGCUCACUCCUUGAAUGACACCAAGACAGCAGUUAAGCAACUGGAUAAACUUGUGACCGUGAUUGUUAUCAUUGUCAUGAUUAUCAUAACACUACUAUUAAUGGGCUUUGCGACAACAAAAGUUCUUGUAUUUCUAUCUUCUCAGUUACUGUUGGUAGGAUUCAUGUUCGGAAACACAUGCAAGAUGGCAUUUGAAUCUAUCAUCUUUGUAUUUGUCAUGCACCCUUUUGAUGUUGGCGACCGAUGUGUUGUCGAUGGAGUGCAGAUGAUUGUAGAAGAGAUGAACAUACUAACAACUGUCUUCUUGAGAUUCGAUAAUGAGAAGAUAUAUUAUCCAAAUUCCGUAUUAGCAACCAAGCCAAUCAGUAACUUUUACCGAAGUCCUGAUAUGAAUGAUUCAAUCGAGUUCGCCAUUGAUGUUGCAACUUCCGUCGAGUGCAUCGGGGCUCUGAAGGCCAGGGUGAAAGCGUACAUAGAUAACAAACCGAAUCAUUGGCAUCCAAACCACAACAUUGUAGUGAAAGACAUCGUUAAUGUCAAUAAGAUGAACAUGGCCUUGUUUGUUCGGCACACUAUGAACUUUCAGAACUUCGGCGAGAAAAACAGUCGGAGGUCUGAUUUGGUGCUUGAGCUGAAGAAAAUAUUCGAAGAUCUCUCCAUUCGGUACAACCUUCUUCCUCAAGAUAUAAAUCUAAGCUACAAAGGUGUAAUCCCGGCCCCAUUGCCGAUAAGUCAAAGCUUUUAGGGUUUUCUCAAGAGCAUGAACACUGAUCUAAACUAACCUUUUUGUUGAAGUAUCAACUUCUUAUCUCUUAUCAACUUUGCAGUUUGCAAUGACUUGUAUGGCAGUAUUAAUUCUAUCUAUUAGAGCUUUCGACGA